GUUACCCAGAAACGGCCGAGCAGUCACCCAGCCAUACAGGUCCCACAUCGACAUGCCCGGUGCUGCUUAAUGCAGAGCCAGACCCUUGCAUGACCACCGUCUCUGCCCAAGCAGAGAACAGCAUGGCUCUGGACCAGAGAAACGGACCUUCGCUGGACACGCCUCUACUGACUCCUUCCCCUCCCCCCCCUCACAGCCCUGUCCUUCCUCCCCUUCCCACUGUGGAUCCACCUCCAUCCAUUGUACCACCAGCACCUCCUCCCCUUCCCACUGUUAGCCCACCCAGACCGACCACCCUGGCCCUCAAAACCUUGCCCCACCCACCAGCCAAGGUAAAUGGGUGUCCCCUGGGGCAAGAUCCUGAGGAAGAGGAGAGGAAAAUAAUGGAAGAAGAGCUGAAGAAGUGCAUCGAUGACUUUAAGAAGAUCCGUAUCCCCAAGUUCUUCCCUGACCGCAAGAGGUACUGGCAGACUGAUCUGCUCAAGAAAUACAAUGCCUAG